AUGUUUACAACCACCUCUCAUCCCAAGCCCAAACCCAAGUUCCUCUUCGUCCUCACCUCCCAACCCAUCCUCCCCUCCCGCAACACUCCCACAGGAUGGUACCUCCCCGAACUCGUCCAUGCCUACAACAAACUCGCCCCUUAUUUCAACAUUGUCCUCGCAUCCCCUGCCGGCGCUGAAGCCCCUCUCGACCCCUACCCCAUCAAAGCCACCAAAGAAGACCCCGAAUGCGUAAUCUUCUUGCAAGAAAACUCCCAUCUGUGGAAAAACACCCUCCCUCUCGACAGCCUCCUCGGCAAGACGUCCGAAUUCACGGGUAUUUUCUACGUGGGGGGUCAUGGCCCAAUGUUCGACCUAACUAACAACCCAACCUCCCAUACCCUAAUCCGUGAAUUCUACGAGACCAAAAAGAUAGUCUCUGCCGUGUGUCAUGGUCCCGCAGCCCUGGUGAACGUGAAACUCAGCAAUGGGGAGUACUUGGUAGCGGGACAGAACGAGGACAUGAUGCAGUUUACUAAUGACAUGCCGUUUUUGUUGGAGACAGAGCUGCGGAGAAAUGGUAGGGUUUAUUAG